GUAGAGGAAGCGGAGCUCGCGCAGAACGCCACACACAAGCACGCAGCGCGCGCGAGGACAGUACGCGCUGAGACGCGCACCUGUAAUCCACACCGCUCACUCGCCGAUGUACCGAUAGUGUGAGAUCAUCCAACAGAAGAAAGAAGACAUUAUAAACUAGCGCAUACCCAUGCUUGGGAUUCGGUGUUCUUGUUCUUCGCUAAUGCAAAAGGAAAUAUGCAGCGAAGCCUCACACUGCUCUGCACCAGUUUUCUGGGAUUGUGCUUUGCUUCCAGUUUCCCAAGUAAUAUCAACAUAGGAGGGUUAUUCCCAACCGAAUCGCACGAAUAUGAGGUGUUUCGGUUUGCGCUCUCACAUCACCAGGAUAUCCCUAAACUGGUUCCUCAAGUGGAUAUGGUCAAAAUGGGGAAUAGCUUCUCCAUGACAUAUGCUUUCUGUUCGCAGUUCGCUAAAGGAGUCUAUGCCAUCAUUGGCAUAUAUGACAGGAAGACGGUGAACAUGCUGAUGUCGUUCUGCGGCGCACUGCACGUCUGCUUUGUGACGCCCAGCUUCCCCAUGGAAAACUCCAACCAGUUCGUCAUCCAGCUGAGACCCGAACUGCAAGAUGCCCUGGUGGGCGUUAUUGAACACUACAAGUGGACCAAGUUCGUCUACAUGUACAGCUCAGACUCUGGACUGUCGGUUCUGCAGAAGGUAUUGGACACAUCAGCCGAGCGUAACUGGCUGGUGACCUCUGUGAAUGUGGAGACAAUGACAGAAGCAUCUUUCGUCAAAGUGUUCCAGGAUCUGGACAAAAGGAAGGAGGGCCAAAUCAUCAUCGACUGUGAGCUUGAGAGGCUCACCUCCAUACUGAAAAAGAUCGUUGAGCAGGGGAAGAAUGUGAAGAGUUACCAUUACAUCCUAGCAAACCUGGGAUUUCUGGACAUCGACCUGACAGAGUUCAAGAAGGGUGAAGCUAAUGUAACAGGGUUUCAGUUGGUGAAUUACGCACAUCCAAACGUCAGUAGAAUAGUGCAGCAGUGGAUGGACUUUGAUAACAAAGACGCCAAAUCUCCCAAGCGAGGAUUGAAGUAUACCGGCGCGCUUACAUACGAUGGGGUCAAAGUGAUGUCCACAGCCUUCCAGAAUCUCCGCAGGCAGAGGAUAGACAUUUCUCGCCGUGGAAAUGCUGGAGAAUGUCUGGCCAACCCACCGGCACCUUGGGGCCAAGGCAUUGAUAUCCAGAGAGCACUUCAGCAGGUUCGGAUCGAUGGCUUAACCGGACACAUUCAGUUCAAUGAGAAAGGAAGACGGACGAACUACACUGUCAGCGUGAUGGAACUCAAACCGACGGGACCUAAGAAAGUGGGUUACUGGAAUGAGGAUGAGAAAUUUGUGAGCACGGCGGCCUACAUACACGGCAGUAAUGACACGUACGGACUGCAGAACCGCACUUAUAUUGUUACCACUAUUCUGGAAUCCCCAUAUGUCAUGCUGAAGAAGAACCAUGAGCAGUUUAAUGGAAAUGAAAAGUAUGAAGGUUACUGUGUGGAACUGGCAGCAGAGAUUGCCAAACACGUGGGAUACCAGUACAAACUCAAGAUAGUGGCUGAUGGAAAAUAUGGAGCCAGAGAUCCUGAGACCAAGAUGUGGAAUGGGAUGGUGGGAGAGCUUGUCUAUGGUAAAGCUGAUGUAGCUGUGGCACCGUUGACCAUUACUCUGGUCAGGGAGGAAGUCAUCGACUUCUCAAAACCAUUCAUGAGUCUGGGCAUCUCCAUCAUGAUCAAGAAGCCUCAGAAGUCUAAGCCUGGUGUGUUCUCCUUCCUGGACCCUCUGGCCUAUGAGAUUUGGAUGUGUAUUGUGUUUGCCUACAUCGGCGUGAGCGUGGUGCUCUUCCUGGUCAGCCGCUUUAGCCCGUACGAGUGGCACGCAGAGGACUACGAGGAAGGAGAUGAACAGAACCCUAACCAGCCCUCCUCAUCAUCUGCCCAACCGGGUCAGGGCCAACAGAACCAGAAUCAGCAGAGUCAGGAGCAGACCAAUGAGUUUGGCAUCUUCAACAGUCUCUGGUUCUCAUUGGGAGCGUUCAUGCAGCAGGGCUGUGAUAUCUCCCCCAGGUCUCUCUCGGGUCGUAUUGUGGGUGGUGUGUGGUGGUUCUUCACUUUAAUCAUCAUCUCCUCAUACACAGCCAAUCUAGCAGCUUUUCUGACAGUGGAAAGAAUGGUUUCACCCAUCGAGAGUGCAGAGGAUCUGGCCAAACAGACUGAGAUUGCUUAUGGAACUCUAGACGCCGGUUCCACCAAAGAGUUCUUUAGGAGGUCAAAGAUUGCCGUGUUUGAGAAGAUGUGGUCCUACAUGAAGUCAGCAGACCCCUCAGUGUUUGUGAAAACCACAGAUGAGGGGGUGAUGCGAGUGAGGAAGUCCAAGGGCAAAUAUGCCUACCUGCUAGAGUCCACCAUGAACGAAUACAUCGAACAGCGCAAACCCUGCGACACUAUGAAGGUCGGAGGAAACCUGGACUCCAAGGGCUAUGGCAUCGCUACUCCCAAAGGUUCCCCGCUCAGAAUCCCAGUUAACCUAGCGGUGUUGAAGCUCAAUGAGCAAGCCGUCUUAGACAAACUGAAAAACAAAUGGUGGUACGAUAAGGGGGAGUGUGGAAGCAAGGACUCCGGAAGAAAGGAUAAGACCAGUGCUCUUAGCCUCAGCAAUGUGGCUGGGGUCUUCUACAUUCUGAUCGGAGGUCUGGGUCUGGCCAUGCUGGUGGCCCUGGUGGAGUUCUGCUACAAGUCGAGAACAGAGUCCCACAGAAUGAAGCAAUCCAUCAACGACGCCAUGCGCUGCUCCACCCUGACCCGGAUGAGCGGGAACGGCAGCGGGGGGGAGAAUGGGCGGAUCGUCACACAUGACUUCCCCAAAGCUGUGCAGACGCUGCCGUGCAUGAGCCACGCGGCCACCAUGGGCCUGGGAGCCUCUGGCAUGUGAUCAGCAUGACGGAGCGGCACACGUCACACUUAACGCACAGACCUCCCGUUCACCUGCCGUCUGCCCCCGUGUCUGUCUGCCCGCAACAGACGCACCGUACUGCCAAAAUGCACUCUUAAGACUACUCAGUGGACAGCCACCAAUAAAACUCUUUUUUAAAAAAGACAAAACGUUAAAAAAAAGGAAAAAGAUGUGCUGCAAUAACAAGCCUGUGGGACUUUUUUGUGGGAAACGUUGUUCGUUUAUGUCACAAUUUAAAAAAGAAGAAAACAAACAAAAAGUCUUGUGUCUGAUUUGACACUUGCGCUGUGCCAAUAUUAUAAACCUGUUUACUUCUGUCUGCGUGUGCAAUAUUUUAGUUUAUAUCAGUGUUCAGCAAUGUCGUCUCUAACUUGAGUUUCUAAGGAUUAGAUCACAGAGAUGUUUUUUGCACAAAUAUGUUCUACGAAAAGACAAAUACAUCGUUUCUGUAAAUUGCUUUUCCUUUGCCGCUAGAAAAGAGUUAGCUUAGCCUUUUGCUAAUGGGUAAGAUUAUAUUCAUUAUGGAUCCAUACCGAAAGACAACACUGGACAUUUUCCCCGCUUUCCUUAAAGGGACAGUUUACCCAAAAAUAAAACAUCUGUUAUAAUUUACUCACCCUCAAGUUGUUUCAAAUCUGUAUACGUUUCUUUGUUCCGAUGAACGCAGGGAAAGAUGCUUGUAACCAAACAGUUCUUAACCACCAUUGACAACUAUAGUAGAAAAAAUUAGUCAAAUUCUAAAUAUCUUUUUUUGUGUUCAACAGAACGAAGAAAUGUAUAAAGCAAAUUUUCCUACUAUGGUAGUCAGCGGCGGCUAAGAACUGUUUGGUUACAAGCAUUCUUCCAAAUAUCUUUCUCUGUGUAUAUCAGAAUAAAGACAUUCAUACAGAUUUGGAACAACUUGAGGGUGAGUAAAUGAAGACAGAAUGUUCAUUUUUGGGUGAACUGUUCAUUUAAUGGAAAAGUUUACACAAAAAUUAAAAUUUGGUUAUUAUUUACUCACCUGUGUCAUUCUAACCCCAUAUAUUUUCUCCAGUGGAACACAAAAGGUGAUUUUUGAAGCCACUCUAGUCAAAGAUGGCUAUUACCAAAUGAACACAAAGGCAACACGAGAGUGGUCUACAUACUGUAAUUUGUGCAUUUUAUUUCAAGAUUUCUAUUCUAAAGCCAUAUACAGUAACAGAAUUAUGUGAAACCAGACCACAUUUCAUUUUUCUUAAAAAAGUUUGGCAUGAAGGUGAAUAGAGUUUUCAUUUUUGGGUACACCAUCCCCUUAUUUUCAAUCACUCUGCAUAUUGAAUAUUUUAAGAAACCUAUCAGCUCAUUUAACAACCUGUUGAUAGUGUAAAUACUCUGAUGUAAAUCUGAAAGUAAGGGAUCAAUUGGAUUUGUUGUCGAUCAGUAGAGCAUAGCUGAACUUGAUUAUCUUGCUCUGUGAUUUCCCACCUCAAAGACCUGCAUAGCUGCUACGCCUGCUCUCAGGCACCAUACCUCAUCCGAGAUCAGAGAUUUGGGAGUAAAACCACCACGUGUUUGAUCACCGCUCCAUUUGGGAUCUCUCCCAGGAGGGACGCCUCAAAUUUAACCUCAGUUAAAAUGUUAAGACACCUGCUGUUAAAUACUUCAAUUAUAUAGCCAUUCCCUGCACAAAGUAUCAGAUCUGAAGUAAAGCCGUUGAGAAUACAAGUUAUUCUCUAAUGGCGUUUCCACAGCACACGCAAUGAAACAACCCUUUUACAUACUUUGUGGAUGAUUUAUUUACAUGGUUUAUGACUCGUCCGACACAGAAUCUGCACAAUGCCAGACGUUCAUUUGCACAUCCUCAGCCUCUGGAAUUCUUUUAUUAUUUGUCUAAUUUGAUAAAGCUUUUCUUUUCAAAAAAUGUGUAGAUUCUGUGCGAGCCUGUACUUCACAUCACAUGUCUUAAAAAUUCUGUUUCAGUAAAUAAAACUAAGAAAAGAGAGUAGAACAGCUGCAGGAUACAAAUACUGGUGAAAUAGAAGCUGUUCUGUCCUGUAUACACACUGUGCAACAUAGUUCUUCAUGAGAUGAUGUUUGUUGGGAUAUCAUUGAUCGGCUCCCGGGGCCAAGCUGACCUUUCCGAGCUCUAGACUUUAUCACCGCGGGCUUUCAGAACAUGGCUUCCAGCUCAACACAAACAGCUCUACCUAUUCAGCCUUCCCUCUGCACACUGCCAUUGUUCCACAAACACAACACACUGUGUGGCCAUCAAAAUGCUUAGAUUUCUCGGGCUUGGGUUUCUUGACACACGUUUUACUAGGCACAGAACACUGCAUUCAUUUAUGGACUCGUAUGAGAGCAGUAUUUUAUACGCUGUAAAAGAUUUGUAAAGUUCAAGUGAGACAUUUAACAUUUAUACCGCUGCGAGAUUUUGAAGAGUUGACCGAACUGGUGUUUUACACAUCUGACGUGGAUAUUCACACUGGAGAUGUUGAUUUCGAUCAGUUAAGAGAGAAAUCUGGUUGGGGUACUUUGUGUUUCUGCUGUAACAAUGUUAACAAAAAAAUGUCUUAUUUUUGGGAGAUUUUAAUGCAAAAUGUAUUAUUCGUACUCAUCUACUUUUACAGUCUUGACUGUUUUAAUUGGGACAUUUUUGUUUCUUUGUUUUACGUAUUAUUUUCCGUUGAAUACAAGAGAGAUGUGGUUGAAUAAAUUUACUGGAAAAUACAUUGUCAGUAAUGAAUAAAGCAAACUGAAAUAAAACUUUUUUAACCACAGUCAUACAGAGCCACGCUUUUGUUUUUAAACAUU